AUGGCCCAGCUCCAGGAGAACAUCAAUGGCAUCAUCACUACCUUCUACACCUAUGCCAGCAGUGAUGGCGACUACAGCACGCUGAGCAGAGGGGAGCUGCGGCAGCUCAUCGAGCAGGAGUUUGAGGAUGUGAUCAUGGAUGCCCGGGAUCCCAGAACUGUUGAGAAGGUGUUGCUCUUCCUGGAUGAAGACAGCAGUGGCAAGGUUGACUUUAAUGAGUUCCUCAACCUGGUUUUCCGCGUGGCCAAGGCUUGCCACAAGCAACUCCAGCAGUACCUGGAGCCAGAAGACGAUCAGGAGCUGACAGUGCAGGAGGAGGCAGAUGGGGAGCAGCACCACAAGCAGGUCCUGGAGGAGGGGGUGAGUGAACAGGUGUGGGAGGGUGGGACACCCCAACAGGAUCAGGACACCCAGCAGCAUCAGGAGGGUGAGGAACCAAAGAAGCACCAAGACACCCAACAGAAUCAGGAAGGUGGGACACCAAAGAACCAGGACACCCAAAAGAUUGAGAAGAGUGAGACACCAAAGGUUCCGGAUACUCAAAAGACCCAGGAGGUUGAGAUACCAAAGAACAACCAAGGCACACAACAGAAACAGAAGAGCGAGAUGCCAAAGGACAACCAGAACACCCAUCAGGAUGGCAGAGCCAAGGCACCAGAAGAGAGUCCAAAGAGAGGUGAAAACGUGAUCACUGAGACCUCAGAGAAGGACAGAAAUACCCAAAAAGCCGAAAAAACACCAAAACAUGACCCCAAACCCCACCAGGACAAAGUGACCGAGACACCAAAGCUGGGACAGAACCAUCACCAGAGACAAGAGCUGGAACCAGCAGAGCAGAGCCACAUUUCUCCCACCAAGACACCAGAAAGAACCACGGACAAGACCAAGGACCGUGCAGCCCCUUGGCAGGACCCCAACCCCAAAGGGACCCAAGAGCUGCCACCUCCAGUGAGAGGCACGAGCCCCCACCCGGAUCCCCAGCCCUCAGGGACCCGGCAUGACCCAGCUCACCUUCCUGACCUCACAGUGACGGUGCGAGAAGGCAGUGGUGUUGAGGCUGAACGUGUCCCAGGACAACAGCAACAUGGGGCUCAUGGCAAAGGAAAACAUGCAGCAGAGCAGGAGCACCUGCAGCCUCAGUGGCCCCCGAGGAAGUAAGAGCUGCAGUGAGCCCUGUGCAACUGUGGCUCUUGGUGCCAGCAAGGUGGGAUAUUUUGUCCAGUGCCAUUUGUCAUAUCUUGUCUGACCUUUCUUAACCCUGGGCUUGCACCCCUAGCUUGUACUGAACUAUUCCUGGCUUGAGACCUUCUCUCUUAUCCUGUAUUAG